AUCUUGACUGGCAUACUAAAGAAUGAGCACUGAAGUGAACAUAGUAGCUCUCAUUUAUCUAUUCAACAUGAAAUAGAAGACUACAUGACCAAAACAGAACAUAUUACGUUCCCUAAUUACAGUCGUAUAUCAGGGAUAAUACAUCCGGACAUUCACUUCCUCAUAUUCCAUAUGAAAGCCGACAUGAGGAUGCUUCCGGGCCAACGGAGUAUCUGCCUGCAAGGUACUGCAUGUCUAGCCUACAUUCCCGCUGUCUGGAGGUCUCCGGUUAUAAGCUGCUGCUGAGAGCGCGCGGAGCGGCGUGUCUGUGAUUGGACUCAUCCGGGAUUUCGAGCUCACACACUCCGCGCGCAGGUGAACGGACUCCGACAGAGCGAGCAAGGGGAGAUAAAACAACGCUUACGGACGGAGCGAACCAAAUCCAUUAGAAAUAGAGAAAAUCAGUAAACGUAUGCAUUUAACCCAUGUUUGACCAAAGGGACAGUUUAUUUUGUCUCUUGUUUGUUUAAAAAAUAUUCUCAUUUUAAUGUCUCUUUAUUGCGUCCAGCCACCCUAUUGCGGACAGCUCCAGACUUUGCGCACCACUGUCUGACGUACAGUCUAUAUCAGUUAAAAGUUGUAACUAUUACAUAGAAUGUUUUUCAUGAUUCUGGUUUUUCAAACCAUGCUUUGGAAUCUAGCGUCUACGUAACGAGGAGAAUCAUCCCUGAACAGCACCGUGUGUUUUUUUUUAUCCUGUCUCUGGUGCCAGUUUCCACAUCAAGAGUGCAUACAUCUCUUAUAUCUCCAACCACACUCAGGAUUGUUUCGUUAGGCUACAAAUACUGUUGUCGCCUUGCAGAAUGGACUCCGUAUGGCUGUUCUUUCUCCAGCUCGCUCUUUUUGGUCUCCGUCUGUCCGUGUUUGCAGGGAGGGACAGAGACUGUCUAACGGCUGGGGACACCUGCUCCAGUGACGACUCAUGCAGCCCUCGCCUGCGCACGCUGAGGCAGUGUGUUGCGGGGGACGGCAGUGUGAAGCUGGGGCCUGGCGCCAGGAACCAGUGCGAGAACGCGGUGGCGGCCCUGCUCUCCUCCCCGCUGCAUGGCUGCUUGUGUAAACGGGGCAUGAAGAGGGAGAAGAACUGUCUCAGCAUCUACUGGAGCCUCCACCAAUCCUCACUGCAUGGACUAAGCCUGGUGGAGAGUUUCCCAUAUGAACCAGAGGAACGAGGCUUCAACUACGUGCGCCUGGCCUCCAUAGCUGCAGAUGAGGUUGGCGUGACAACGAUGAACCGCUGCCUGGAUGCGGCGAAGGCGUGCAACAUCGAUGAGACAUGCCAGAAGCUUCGCACGGAGUACGUCUCAGCCUGUAUCCAGCCAUCGGCCCGCUCAGGACCCUGUAACAGAGCCCGGUGUCACAAGGCUCUCAGGAAGUUCUUUGACCGGGUUCCUCCUGACUACACCCACGAGCUGCUAUUCUGCCCCUGCACAGACACGGCGUGCGCUGAGAGACGGAGGCAGACCAUCGUCCCCACCUGCUCGUAUGAGGACAAGGACAAACCCAACUGUCUGGCUGCGCUGCGUACCUGCAGAACCGACUACAUAUGCAGGUCUCGUUGGGCUCAGUUCCAGUAUGACUGCCAGCCAUCGGACCACUCUGCCAGUGGCUGCAAACAGGACAACCAAGCAGCCUGUCUUCUAGCCUACACCGGCCUCAUGGGCAGUACCAUAACUCCUAACUACCUGGAUAACAGUACAUCCAACGUGGGUCCGUGGUGUUCCUGCUCCGCCUCUGGCAACCACCGAGAGCAGUGCCAUGACUUCCUAGAGUAUUUCCAUGACAACGUCUGCCUCAGGAAAGCCAUGUUGGCGUUUGGUAACGGGACAGACAGCCACUCCCCUUCAACAGCCAACCAACCAGGGAGGCCCAGCCCUGCCCUCGCCACCCCUGACAAUCACAUCCAACGCCCGGCAACCACCAUCCACAGCAUCACCAUGGAAAUGGAACAGAAUGUCCUGAGAGCACAGAUACCCACUCAGGUGAAUGAGAACGACAGACUGUGGGCCAAUGAGGGUGAAGACUCCACAUUGUCCUCCCCGGGGCUGUUAGAUCAUGGAGCCUCACCUCUCCACCUCUCUCCCUUGGCCUGGACCCUGCCUCUGGGGCUCUGCCUGCUGCUACUCACAUACCAGUAGUCUGGUCUGGCCUGGUCUGGACCAGGUCUGGUCUCGGUCUGGUCUGGGUCUAGUCUUAGCCUGGACCUGGUCAGGGUCUGGAUCUAGUCUUUCCCAGGACCAGCUCUGGGUCUUGGUCUUUGACCUGAACAAGGCCUGGACCUGGUCUGGGUAUGGACCCAGUCUAUGUCUUGACCAGGAUCUGGUUUUGGCCUGGGUCUAAUCCAGGUACAGACUACAUCACAGACCUGACUGACACAGGGGUGGAGAGAGAGAGAGAGAGAGAGUGAGACAGACAGAGGGAGAGCGACAGAGAGGGAGAGAGACCGACAGAC